GAAAACCCUAAAAUGGUCAGUACCAUCUUGAAUGGAAUGCUUGAUCAAAGUUUUAAGCAGCGUACAAUCCGAAAACAACAAGGUAUUGCUUUGGUAAAUGCUGUACUGCAAAACUGGCUGAAACUAGAGAGUUGGUGGGACAAAGAUUCAUCACCUGAAAGCAAAAUGGCAGUGCUGACAUUACUUGCAAAAGUACUACAGAUUGAGUCUUCUGUUUCUUUCGAUACAAGCCACCCAGCAUUCAGCAGUGUAUUUAAGUCGUACAUAAACCUUCUAACAGAUAAAAAGCUUGGUCUUAAUUUGAAG